AUGUGCUCAUCUUUAUCUGAAGAGGCCCGCCUGGAGCUGCAAGAGAUGUGCGAGGAAAGUGGUCCUGCAAUCGACGCCGCCAUAAAUGAAGCAAUAUCCGAUGAACAACUCGACUUGGCCAUCGACACCAUUAUACAUAUGGAGGCUUCGGUGCCAAGCUGCUCAUCAAAGGCGGCGGCUAAAAGAAAAAUUGUGACACAAAUUGAUGAUGAUGACGAUUUUCAAAAUCCGGCGGCAUCUCACGAAGCUCCAGCACUUCCUUCCAGAGGCAAAAAUAUGCAUCCGGCAAGGAAGAAUAUGAGGCCAUCUUCGUCCGUCCGGUCGCUCUCACCAACGCUAUCCACAUCUUCAUCCACCACCUCAGACGAUUCCGAGGAUUGGUUAAAAAUUAUAAAUGAAGAGCUGCAGCGGAGGGCGGAAUUCCGUCAGAGAGUGGACGGCAAAAUGAAUAAUAUAAAAAAGAAAAUUAAAAGCACCGAAGACCUCAUAUCCCGCAUCAAGGGGAAAAAAAGUCACUGAGGGUUCACAGAGAGACCCUCAGGGAACAGAUCCGGCUCCUUGAUGCGCAGGAGCUCUCCCUCGACAGGAAGGAGCGGUCUGCC